AUGGGUCCCCAUCAGUGUCAUGAUGAAAACCGAGGCAAGCUGUCAAGGUGUGUCAGGGAUGCACACGGAUUGUCCAGGCUGACCCGGGUCGUGCUCACAGCACAAGAGCUGGGCCACGGAGACACCUGUCACCAAGCCCUCCUGCCGGAGAAGAAGCAGCUCCAGGACCCAGGCAGCCCACCUUCCCUGGACAUUGGACGGGCAGAGGGGGGAGCAGCCUCGCCGGCCUGGGAGAAAAGACUGUACACAGUGACCAGCCUUCCCAGCCAGGCUCCCACUGCUGCUGUGUGUCCUCCAGAAAAGUGCCGCUGGCCCCAGAGGCCCGGCCCAGCACCCGCUGCCCUGGGAGGACCCUCUGGUCACCACACCCACGGUGGCCAGAUGGGGAAACUGAGGCAUGGCGAGGCUCAAGGCACCGCCCGAGCCCAGCAGGAAGGAAACGACGUGGCGUUUGUGCAGGAGGGCGGGUGCGCCGGGAGCGAGGAGGCCCUGGGGUUUCUGGGAGCCUGCGGGAAGGAGGGUGAAAGGCCUUCAGUUUCCCUUCAGAAGCAGCACCGGCUCAGCGGCCGGUGUGGACGAGGGCUCCAUGUGCAGCUCAAAAGACAAGGCGAAAGGAAAGCCUACGACAGCUGUGCUUUGAGCAGAAGAAAAAUAAAUCACAGCGGACUCUUCCCUCCACGGCUCCUUCCCGCCAUCUUUCGACGGAACCCCUGCUUCUCCGCCUGGGCCCUCCCCGCCGUCGGGCACCCCGGGUCCAAACACGCUCACACAGCGGCCACUUUCCAUGGGCCUCAAGACCCUUCUUACCACCCCAUCUGUUCCCUCUGCCCUGAAACCCUUCCCACGCAUGUCAUUCAGCAAACUUCUACUCAUACCUCAAAGCCCUGCCCAGAUGUGGGGGCACUCAGGCUGUGA